AUGAGCGAGUCCGUCCCGAAGCAGAGGGGCCCCGCUGAGCUCGACGAGCAGAUACUCAAGGAUCCCAACUGUCCUGUGCGAUUCGUGUCCAGGCAUGACGGGCGUGAAGGGCGGCAGCUCGACCAUGGCUUUCAGAGCCUCGGCGACUACUGGCUGCAAAAGUCGGAGCAGUAUGGUGAGAACGACUACGUGGCCACGGAGCGCCACCGCGCGACGUAUGCAGACGUGCGCCGUGCAUCAACAGUUCUGGCUCAUGGCCUGCAGCGCAAGUACCGUGUCCAAGCCGGCGAGCGUGUGGCGAUUGUUUCGCGCAACACGAUCGAGUUUGUCACCAUCUUUUGGGCGCUGCAGCUCGUCGGGGCUGUGGCGGUGCCGAUCAAUGGGUUCCAGACGCCCGACGUGAUUGCCGCGUGCGUCAACAUGGUCGGCACCAAGCUCGCGUUUGUCGACGACGGCGCGUGGAAGGCGCUGCGGGAGCACUUUGGCGCCAUGUUCGAGGGCUCGGCACACGACCGUGCGGACGAGCCGCGCCUCGAGCAUGUGAUUGUCGUGGCAGGUCGCGACGUGAGUGCGCUUCCCCCUCGCUCGGAGCGCCCGUGGAUCGCCGGCCGCCAUGCCGACGUGCGUAUCCACGACUGGGACGACGUCAUGGGGAGCUGGCAGCAGUACGAGUCCGCGCCGCCGCCCGACGUGCGCGGCAUCUCGCUCGAUCGCCCUGCGCUGAUCAUGUUCACGUCCGGAACGACGUCACUGCCGAAAGCGGUCGUCUCGACGAACGACCAAGUCAUCUCGUCCCUUUUUGUCAGUGCCUGGAGCGUGAUCCGUACGAUUUUCUCGCUCCUCGGCAUGUUGCCGCCGCCUGGCAGCAUGCCGAAGCGGCGUGCGCUGUGCAUGAUCCCCCUCUUUCAUGUGAUGGGACUGCAUAGCGUGUUGAUUAACUGCACGCUCAGCGGCGACGCGUUUGUAAUGAUGUACAAGUUCGACGUGUCGCUGGCGACGAUGUUGAUCAAGCGCGAGCAGGUGACGAGCCUCAUUGGCAUUGGUUUCAUGGUGCGCGAGAUUAUCAAGAGCGGUGCAGACCUCCCCUCUCUCUCGGGCUUCUUUGUCGGCGGCGCCUCGUCCCCUUCGUCGCUCCCAGGCGAGGCGCAGCGCGUCGGCGAGAUCACAGGCGGCAACGGCUACGGUCUGACCGAGACCAACUCAGGCGUGCUGCUGAACGUCGGCCCGUCGUACGCCGCGCGCCCUGCGUCGGUCGGCAUCCCCCCGCCGAUGGUUGAUAUCCGCAUUUGCGACACGAGCACCGGCCAGUUCCUCCCCACGGGUGCGACUGGCGAGCUGCUGAUCCGUGCGCCGAAUGUCGCGCUCGGCUACUACAAGGAUGAGAAGGCGACACGCGCCGCCUUUCGCGACGACGGCUUCUUUUGCACGGGCGACAUUGCUAUGCAGGACACCGAUGGGUCCGUCUAUAUUCUCGACCGAGCCAAGGACCUGAUUGUGCGGGGUGGAGAAAAUAUCAGCUGCUCGGUCGUGGAGCGCGCGCUGCUGAACGACACGCGCGUGCGCGACUGCGCCGUGCUCGCCCUCCCCGACGAGCAGCUUGGCGAGCGUGUCGCGGCGAUCUGCGUCGUGGGCGCCGACAUGCGCGGCAAGGAGCAGGAACUCGUGAACCUCGCCUCGACCUCGCUGCCUCGCCACGCUGUCCCCGAGUACGUCUGGCUCGUAUACAAGGAGCUUCCCCGUACCGCCACCGGCAAGGUCCUCAAAACCACACUCCGCCAAGAGCUCGCGGCGCACGUCGCCGCCGAACAGGCCGCCGGCGCCUUCCGCCUCCUCCACCACCGCGGCCAUUUGUAG